AUGGCACCCACCACGCCAAAAGUCAAGUCCACAGCUUCAAGCUCUCCGAAAUCAUCACCUAACUUUUCGUGGUCCAAGCGACAUCGCCAGGUAUUGCUGGUUCUUCAAAGGCGUGGAAUGAAAGAUGAAGAGAUUGCUACCAUAUUCAAUAAACUAUUUGAGAAAGAUCUUCGUAGAAUUGGCCUGGAUGGCCUGACAAGGUCAAUCGUCCACUCACAGUUGUCCAAGCACUAUCGAAGAUCCUGUCGAGAAUGGCAAGCGGUGGAAGCAUGCGGAGAGGCUGAGCUCACUUGGGUAUUGCAAGAGCUAAAUUCUUUGGACGUCGUAAGCCCUUCAAGGAACCCAUCGACAUCUGUGUCUGUAGUCAUUGAGAGACCAAGGCCACUUCCAAAAGUCGCUCUCCCAGUCACGGCGGAACGAAAUGUGUUCAUCAGAUUCCCUGAAGACGUGGCCAUCUCUGCCAACAGGACGAGAACAGUAUACGGCCAACAGAUCCCAAUCAUUCGGGCUACGGACCAAGAUCUCAUCAUUAACGAUCCCAUCACUGCGGCAGAAGCUCAUUCAGCAAUCCCUAAGCUCCUGUAUCGAUUCUAUGAUGAUAACAGCCAAGGAGUAAAGACUGAAGAAGGCUUUGUAUCUGGUUACUACUUGGCUUCUACAAUAGCGCCUCCUGCUCCGCCACCUUGCACAGACGACAGACUAUUUUCCACGAUCUUGAAUCAUCUCAACAGGUUCGAAAUCAGUUCGGAGCUGAUCAGCACGACAUCGGAUUUCUUCUUUGCGUUACGCUUAGCGGCAAAAUCAAAUGCAAAUCCAAGGAUCUCUAUCAUUCGUGGUAGCAUGAUGAAUCCUCGGAAAACAUAUCACGCAUGGCCAUACCACCGAAGAUUCAUGAAUGAGCGCAUGUUCCUCAACGGAGCAUACAGGAAUCCGUCGAGUCAUGAAUACCUUGUCUGGGCCACGCUUCCUCAUACAGCCAUCCUGUUUGACUUCUCCUUUAUAGACCUCGAACGCCAUCUGAUUAGCAACCCGUCGGUUGCAGCCAUCUUCAGGAUCAAUGAGAUGCGUGAGAGAAGGAGCAAGAAACGUCUACAACAGAGAUUCAAGGAUGACGACAUUAGAUUGAACCUUAGUAUGGUUGAGGGUCUUGCUCAACUCAUGUUAUAUUUCGGCAUUAACGCGCUGGCCCCAGGGGCUGUCAUCGCAAGUCUGACCUCCGAAAUCAUUCGUGGCUUCGGUAUCAACCUCCAAAAGACAAGCCCAAAGCGAUGGGAGAUGUUAGCUGAUGCGUUCGCAUAUGCUCUGUCUGAUGAUGGGACAAAUGUGGCUAACCAACGACUAGUUGUGGCCAAGCAAGCCUUCCUUUCUGGAGUAAAGAAUGGGAUUGGCGAGCUCAAUUGGCACCUGAGCGCCGAAAGACAAGCCAAGAUGAUGAGGAAGAGCGCCAGACUCGGUCUCGGUGGCGGACAGCCCAUGAUGGUCGAAGAAGCUACUACAUCAAACGCGCAGCGGGUCGUCAAGAGCAACCAUCAAGCUCCUGUAAGCAGCCAACAGAGUGCAAUCAACCGCCGAAGAGUCGAUGAUUAUGACAACGAGGACGAAGAGGCCGAGACCGACAUCGAAGAGGAAGAAAACGACAAACAGGUUGACGGGCAUACGAGCAAUGAAGACAAAAUCGAUGAGGAGGCCAUUAGCAACGGCAUCCUCGACGGGACCGCUACUGCCGAAGAGAUGGUCUACGAGGAUGAUACCGCUGGACAUGAAAUCGACCGAGACACGAUCACCGUCGCAAUACCCGAAGAAAUCGGUGAUGCCGAAGAAGACACAACGAUGGAGGAAGAAGAUGAGGCCAAGACGGACAUCGAAGGGGAUAUCGGUUCGGACGCAGAGGAUGAGAUCGAAGUGGUGAGCUCGCGUCGAAUCUCGCAUCCAAGAGAAGUGACUUGUCGUAGCAAGAGGAUCGGUGAGGACAUCAUCAUUCUCGACGACAGCGAUGAUGAAGACUUCGUGAUGGCCUGAUGGAGGGCCGAAAUUCGAUCCUCAUUAAGUCGGAGGACAAUAUGGAG